CAGACAGAGAGAGAGAGAGAGAAAACUUCAUUCAACACUGUUCCUGCAGCGCCCGGCAAAGGCUAAUUGUGUGACGGUCUUUUCAGUCAGUCUGAGGCUGUGCAGGGGGAUAUCACAAGUUUGAAUCUCAGUUGGAUCUCCUGAUUUACUGAAGGUCAACAGCUUUUGAGAUACAGAUUCCAGUGCUCUCAGAAAUAUCUCCAGCCAUUGAAAGCUUCCUCCAUCUCUCUCUCUGACUGUCGCUCACAUACUGAGUCUCUGGUAACUCAAGGGAUGACCAUCACCUACACAGCGCGAGUGGCUAAUGUCCGCUUUUGCAGUUUUUCCAAACUGCUGGUUCUCUGGAAGGGAAGCAUCUAUAAACUCCUCUACAAAGAGUUCCUCGUCUUCUCCUUCAUGUAUGCAGUCCUGAGUGUUGCCUACAGGUUUGUGCUGAUGGAAGAGCAGAAGAGAUACUUUGAGAAACUGGCACUGUACUGCAAUCACUAUGCUAACCUAAUCCCUAUGGCUUUUGUACUUGGUUUUUAUGUCACCCUUGUUGUAAACCGCUGGUGGAACCAAUACACCAGUAUCCCGCUCCCCGACCGGCUCAUGUGUGUCAUCUCGGGGAACGUGCAUGGGGCGGAUGAGCGAGGCCGCAUGCUGCGCCGGACGAUGAUGAGAUACGCCAGCCUCUCUGCCCUCCUCAUCCUCCGCUCAGUCAGCACUGCCGUCAUCAAACGCUUCCCCACCAUGGACCACGUCGUCGAGGCAGGGUUUAUGACCAGAGAUGAGCGAAAGAAAUAUGAAAGUCUUCACUCUCCCUAUAACAAGUACUGGAUUCCGUGCGUCUGGUUUACAAACCUGGCAGCGAAGGGACGUAAGGAAGGCCGGAUUAGAGAUGACAAUGCCCUCAAGCUGUUAAUGGAGGAACUGAAUACCUUUAGAGCCAAGUGCAGUCUUCUGUUUCACUAUGACUGGAUCAGUAUCCCACUGGUGUACACACAGGUUGUUACAAUCGCAGUGUACAGUUUCUUCAUGACCUGCCUGAUUGGACGGCAGUUUCUUGACCCUGCCCAAGGCUACGCAGGUCACGACAUUGACUUGUACGUCCCUGUAUUCACCCUGCUUCAGUUUUUCUUCUACGCUGGUUGGCUGAAGGUAGCAGAACAACUAAUAAAUCCCUUUGGAGAAGAUGACGAUGACUUUGAAACAAAUCGUUUGAUCGAUCGGAACUUUCAGGGUUGCAUUGACUGUAGUUGUGACUGUUGCAUUCAGGUGUCAAUGAUGGCGGUCGAUGACAUGUAUCAGGAUUUGCCCUUAAUGGAAAAGGAUCGGUAUUGGAACGAAUCCAACCCUCGCCCCCCGUACACUGCUGCCACCGUGUUUGUGCUGCAGAAACCAUCCUUCCAGGGCUCCACCUUUGACAUGACGAUUUCCAAAGACGACAUGCACUUUCAGCCGAUGGAGGAGAUCGAGGAGAACUUGGAGCAGGGGGGCACCCGGCAGCCGCAUGUGCCGCUGUUCAGCCGCCUCCUGCCCAGCGGCCCGUCGUCGCCCGGCUUCCGCGGCAACAUCGCACGCCACGGCCGGCCCUUCCAGCUGCUCAAGCGGGGCAACAGCGUCUCCUCGGACGCCUCGAUGUACAGCUGCCUGUGCCAGGACACCCAGACCACCGCCUGCUCCUGCGGCACUUACGGCGAACACAAGGCGCUGGCCAAGAUCCAGUUCCUCUCCGAGGGCGGAGAGGGGGUCGUGGCCGAGACCGAGACCGAGACCAGCAGCUUGGGGGUGGGCGAGAAGGCGCUGCCUCCCCCGGGCGCCCAGGACCAGGGUAAUGAUGGUCUUCUGGAUGGCCCGCCCAGAGCUGGUGACUCUCCCCUGCACGAAGAUAGUGCACCCCCCACCAACUCCAGAGAGACACCCCCACCCUCAGGGGAUUUGCUCUUUCCCUACGAUUCUUACCGAGAGUGCAGAAUCCAGGUGACCCAGAAAAACCCGGGUCACAGCAGCCACCCGGAGAUGCUGCCGCUCCCGGACACAGGCAACAACAACAACAACAACACGCCACCUUUGGUGGCGCCCAGCUCGGCGGAGCACCGGGGAACGCACGCUCUGCAGCACCCAGGGGACGGGGUGAAGGGCAAGCCACCUUUACUCCCCCUGUCUCCCGCCGAGGAGGAACCCGGGGUGAAAUCCUACUGGCCCGGGACGGCCAAACGGUCUCUGCAAGCGGAGGAAGGCGGCGUGUUCUUGCACAUCUCCGAGCCGCCGUGCGUUAACGGCAGGGAGUCCUUCCUCUUAGACACCACCUCCCAGCUGUGA